UGGUCUUAGCAGUAAAUAAAUCUCUCACCAGCUAUUAAUGCGAGAAUUGUGUUGGGGGUUAUGAUUAUCUCCUCUCCUCUGCUCCACCCUUUUUCUUCAUUGCAUUCCCUUGAGAGUUUCUUCCUUAAUUUUUGUGUCUGAAACUUGACAGGGAAUGUUUGUAUUACAAGUCUAAUCGAUCAGGAUUCAUGAUUUGGAGGAAAAUGAUUAGGAUUUUGCUUUUCUCUUUCGUGUUGAUUCAUGUCACGUUAGCACGGAAACCUGCUGCACCUCCUUCUAAGAAAUGGCUGACUUUAACUGGCAAUGCACCGUUUGUUGUUGCUCGUGGUGGGUUCUCUGGGCUGUUCCCGGAAUCCAGUCAGUUUGCAAAUAACAUGGCCCUUCAGCUGACAAGUACGCUAGGUGUGGAGGUUGCUUUGCUCUGUAACUUGCAGCUAACAAAAGACGGGGCAGGCAUAUGCCAGACUGAUAUCAGGCUUGACAAUUCCACAAACAUAGCAACUCUCUUUCCACAGGACCAGAAAGUUUACAAUGUUAAUGGAAAUCAAGUUCAUGGGUGGUUUGCUUUGGAUUACAUGUCUGAACUCAUACUCAACAAUGUCUCUUUGAAUCAAAAUAUACUCUCUCGACCAACUUUGUUUGAUGGAAUACCAGUAUCUACCGUUGAGGAUGUUGCAGGAAUCAAACCUCCAUUCUUCUGGUUGAACGUUCCGUAUGAUGCGUUCUAUACCCAGCAUGGUCUCAGUGUGUCAGCAUAUUUGCAAAAUGCAAUGAAAUUUAUGGGUAUAAAUUACAUUUCAUCUCCUGAGAUCGGUUUCCUGAAGGCAAUAGGUGGAAAAGUUAACAAAGCCAGGACAAAGCUUAUCUUUGUAUUCCUAGAUCCAAAUGUAGUUGAACCCACAACCAAUCAAACAUACAGUUCUUUACUUAAAAAUCUUGCUGCAAUCAAGGCAUUUGCUUCUGGGAUUCUGGUGCCAAAGGGAUACAUAUGGCCUGUUAAUCCAAACAAAUACCUGGGGCCUUCAACAACUCUUGUGGCUGAUGCUCACAAGCUCGGGCUUGAAGUAUAUGCUUCUGUUUUUGCAAAUGAUAUGCCAGCAAGUUACAAUUAUAGCUAUGAUCCAACAGCUGAGUACCAGCAGUUCAUUGACAAUUCCCAGUUUUCUGUUGAUGGUGUCGUUACAGAUUUCCCAACGACAGCAGCAGAAACCAUUGCAUGCUUUGCAAUGAAUAAUGUAACCAAGCCUAGUCAUGGAAACUCUUUAAUCAUAACUCACAAUGGUGCAAGUGGGAUCUAUCCUGGAUGUAGUGACCUGGCAUAUGAGCAAGCAGUAAAUGAUGGAGCUGAUAUCAUAGAUUGCUCAGUUCAAAUGUCCAAAGAUGGGGUCGCCUUCUGUUUAGAUUCACCAGAUCUCAUGGGUGAUACUAAUGCAGUUACUACCUUCAUGUCUCGUUCUUCUAGUGUCCCCGAAAUUCAGAAGGAGAAUGGAAUCUUUUCAUUUGAUCUUACAUGGAGUGAGAUCCAAACCUUGAAGCCUCAAAUAAUGAGCCCUUUCAGACAGAAUGCUGGAUAUCAAAGAAACCCAGCAGCCCAGAACCAGGGUAAACUCAUGACCCUAACUGAUUUUUUGGAGUUUUCCAAGGCAAAAGCAGUAUCAGGAAUUCUGAUCAACAUAGAGAAUGCUGCUUACCUAGCAUCAAAGAAGGGUCUUGGCCUAGUGGAUGCUGUUACUGUAGCCUUGAAGAAUGCCACCUUUGAUCAGCAAUCCACCCAAGAAGUCCUGAUCCAAUCAGAUGACAGCUCAGUAUUGUCCAAGUUUCAAGGUGUCCCAGCUUACAAAACUGUAUUAACCAUCAAAGAUACCAUAGGCAGUGCACCGAAGCAACCUUUGGAUGAAAUCAAGAAGUAUGCAACUACAGUUGUUUUACCGAGGCCAUCCCUUAUCACCAUCAACAAUGGCUUUGCUCAAGCACAGACAACUGUUCUCAAGCAAAUGCAAGCUGCAAAUAUCUCAGUAUUCGUUUCGGUUCUGAGGAAUGAAUAUGUUUCCCUUGCAUACGAUUACUUUUCAGAUCCUAUAGUGGAGCUUGCAACCUACAUUGCAGGGCUUGGAGUUAAUGGGGUCAUAACAGAAUUCCCUGGAACUGCCAGCAAAUAUUUGAGAAGCCCAUGCAGUGACUUAAAUGCUGAGAUUGCCAUCUUGCCAGCUGAACCUGGGGGACUCCUCAGCCAGGUUCCUCCCGAGGCAAUGUCACCAGCAGUAGCACCAUCUCCACCACUGGAUAUGGCAGACGUUAUCGACCCACCACUGCCAGCAGUGGCCAAGGUGGACUCACCUGCUACACCGGGUACACCAGGACGUAAAUCAAGCAGCACAACAAUAGCAGCCAACAUUAGUCUUUCUCUAGUAGCAAUCAUGGUGAUUAGUCUUCUAUUUGCCUGAUGAUGCUGACAUUGGUUGCCAGAGUAAUAAUCUUGUAAAAACUGAUACCUUUUAACUUCAUAUUUCAUGCCUGUAAAGAAAAUUGAGACCCGUUU